GCAGACCAUCUUUUGCGCCCCCCCCCCCAUGAAGAGUGCGUGGUGGGGGGAGACGGCGAACUUGGCAUUUCACCGCAAGCCCAGCCGCCUCUAACGUUGUACUUUGCUGGCCAAACCCUUUGCUUUCUACCCUGCGAGAUCUGUGCUGCAUCUGUAUAAGGGGUGCGGGGGGAGAUGUCCAGUUCGUGUAAAUUGCAGCUUUGAUGAAAAAUUCGAGUUGACGGCAGCGAGGCAGAUGUGCGUUUUUUAAAGAGGAGGAACGGGGAGCUUCCGAAGAUGCCAAGGGACCCAGAGCCAGCUCCUAGGGUGGGUAGCCCCAGCUUCGGGGACAUGGUAAGCAACAGGAAGCUGAUUGCCUUGGGGGCCCUGCUGGGCUGGCUAGUGGUGCUCCACUUGCUGGUCAACAUCUGGCUACUGUGCAUCUUCUCUGGCUUGCUGGCCCUGCUGGGCGGGUGGCUGGGCUCCCAGGUGGUGAUCGGGACCAGCAGCAAGAUACACCUGGAAAGGUUCCUACUCAUUGAGAGCUGCCCCCAGAGCCUGGAGGCUGAGAAGCAGCUGGAUGCAGAGAUUGAGAACAUGAUCCGGAAGAUCAUUCGGGAUUUUGUGUCCUCUUGGUACCAGUCCGUGAGCAGCGAGCAGAGCUUCGAAAACGAGGUGCAGAAAGGGAUGAUGAGCUUGGCCUUGGAGCUUAAAAGGAGGAUGGAGCUUGUGGACAAGCAGGCCUUGACCCAGAAGGUGCUUCUGCUUGGGGGCUGCCACCUGCAGACCUACAAGAAGGCCCGGGAAAAGGUGGGAGCGGAGGGCCCUCCUGGGGACCUGACUCAGAGGGCUGACCGUCUGUGGCAGGCCUACUGUGAGUUCUCCACACCGCAUCUGGCCGUCCAGAGCCCGGCUAAUGAGGUGGACUAUGCUCGGCGCAUUGUGGACUUGUUGCUACGUGUCUUGGUUCCUGAACCGCACUUGGAAACUAGGACUGGGCGCUUUGUGGUGGUGGAGCUCAUCACCUGCAAUGUGCUGCUGCCCAUGAUCAACAAAAUGGCAGACCCCGACUGGCUCAACCUGCUGCUGAUUGCAGUUUUCUCCAAGAUCAGUGGCAGAGGCCCAGGUGGAAGAGAGAAGGUGGAGCCGUCCCCAGAGGCCCCGGCCCUUUCCCCUUGCCAGCCCACUGUGCCCAGUUCCUUGCCUCUGAUCCUUCAGUCAGAAGCCACAGCACAGGCUAGGGCUGAAUCUCCAAGGAGUUCUGAGCCUUUGGUGGGUGACACGCUGGACAGUUUGGAGUGCCACCUGCAAGAGGGAAAAGAACCCAUCAGCAGAGAGUUGAGCUCUGACAUAGAUGGAAGGAGAGCCAGUAGCACCUCUGUGCCCUGCAUUCAGCCAGACUGUCUGGGGUCCUUCUUCCCCUGUGAAAACAUGGAACUUGAGUCUCCCAUGUCUGAUGUCGGAAAAGACUCUGGUCCCAUGACCCUGGUAUCUACUGAAGAAUGUCCUGGGGACUCUCUUGCUCUGGAGGGAGAAGAUGGCUCAGACCAAGAGGACAGCCUGCCAGUGAAAGUCAGAGGGGUGGAGGAGAACGUUGUCCCUAGCUCUGAAGCUGGCCUUCGAACUGCCUCCCUGAACCUGUGUCCAGACAUCCAGAUUGCGCCAGUGGCUGAGAGAGAGGCAACUUUGGCCUCCUUGACGGCCCUUCUGGAGGACUCGGAAAAGACCUUCUUGAGGCGGCCAUCCUUCUUGGAGAAAGAGUUGGUCUCCUCUGGCAGCUUGGCACAAAGCCCUCAGGAUGUCACGCAGUCGCCCGGGUUGCUGUCUUCCUCCCCCACUGCCCCCAUGGGAACUUUCAGCUUUGAACCUCUAAGUAGCCCAGAUGGCCCGGUCAUCAUUCAGAACCUGCGGAUAACUGGCACCAUCACUGCCCGUGAGCACAGUGGAACUGGCUUCCAUCCCUACACCUUGUAUACUGUAAAGUAUGAGACAACUUUGGACAGUGAUAGCAGCAGUCUCCAGCAAGUGGCUUACCACACUGUCAACCGGCGAUACCGAGAAUUCUUGAACUUGCAAACCAGACUGGAGGAGAAGUCGGAUCUUCGGAAAUUCAUUAAAAAUAUAAAAGGUCCAAAGAAGCUCUUCCCAGAUCUUCCAUUUGGUAAUAUGGACACCGACAAAGUAGAAGCCAGAAAAAGCCUUUUGGAGUCAUUCCUGAAGCAACUGUGCGCUAUCCCUGAGAUUGCCAACAGCGAGGAGAUGCAGGAAUUCUUGGCCCUGAACACAGAUGCCAGGAUUGCCUUCGUCAAAAAGCCCUUCGUGGUCUCCAGGAUUGACAAGAUCGUAAUGAACGCCAUCGUGGACACUUUAAAAACAGCAUUUCCCAGGUCCGAGCCACAGAGCCCUACAGAGGAACUCAGCGAGGCUGAAGUGGAGGGGAAGCUGCAGAUGGAUGGGAAGAAGGCUACCAAGCCCAGACUGAGGUUUCCAUCCAGUAAAAUUGCCCCGGUUCUGAACAUGCCUGGAGCACAGGAGAAGAUUGUGUAUUCUUUCAGGGAAGGCACCACUGUGUCGGAGUUCCUGUCCCUGGCGAGAAUGGAGUCCUUCAUUCAGAAGCAGGAGCGGCUGCUGGAGGCAGCAUUCGGCGAGGUUCUGGAGGGCGAAGGAGAUGGCGAUAUGGAGGCUCUGAAAUGCCCGCCCCAUUUGUACACAAAGCCCGUGGAAGUGGUGCAGCAGCCAGGAGAUGGACGCAGCGAGUCUGGAUCGGAGACGAUGCUGGCUGAUGUUGCUCUGGACCUUCUCCGUUUGAUCAUGGUUGAUCACUGGAGCUGGCUCUGCACAGAGAAUAUGCAGAAGGUUCUGCAUCUGCUCUUCGGCACCCUAAUCCAAAGGUGGUUGGAAAUCCAGGUGGACAAUCUCACCUGCACUCAGCGCUGGGUGCAGUACCUCAGGUUGCUCCAGGAAUCAAUAUGGCCCGGUGGGGUGCUGCCCAUGGUGCCCAAGCCUCUCAGGACAGAGGAGCAAAAAGCAGCUGCAGAAAGACAGGCCUUGCAGAUUCUCAUGGGGAUCUUGCCUGAAUUAGUCUUAGAAAUUCUUGGGACCAAUAAAUGUCAGCAGAGCUGGGGCCUAGUCCUGGAGUCCAUGCAACACCCCAUCAUAAACAGGCACAUGGUUUACUGUCUCUCAGAUAUUCUGCUGGAGUUUUUGUUUCCUGAACCCCAAAUUGAUAAGUCUAAAGCAGCACCUGUAGCUACAUCUGUCUAGGGGCUGAGAGAACUGGUCUUCCAUCCCAUUAGCUCAGACUGGUGCUGGUAGCAGCCAUGGGGCAGAGUGUCUGUGUAGAAGAGAAUCCAGAAGCAUUAAAUUUGCGUUCCAUUUCUGUUGAACUGAGCCAAGGGCUGUUGCAGAAGGCCAGUAUGACUGACUUCUUUUGGUGACUGUUGAACCUAAGAUGCUUGGUCCAAAGUAUUUGCACUGCAAAAUGGUGUCCAUUUCAAACUUGGGAGAACCGAAGACUAAUUCUUCAUUGGAAGGAAUGCAUCAGUCUUCUUGGAGAGGUGGAUACUGUUGAGAAUCAGACAAGACCUCACUGGCAUUCCUGGAUAGUUACUUCUUACAUGUCUUUCAAAGCUAUGGUUAAGAUGGUAGAGUUGGAUCGUCUACGAUUCCCUGCUAUUAGAUGGGCAUUCCAUUUCAUGAUACUUCUCCAUUCUCCUUCCCUACAAAACAGUUACAAUGAAGAAAAUAAAACAAAUUGUUUAGUAAAUAAA